UUCAUCUUCGUUAGCGUCGCAUGGCCCCGUGGAGUGGGGGGUCCCGGAAUCCGUUCUUCUAGGCUGGCAUUAGGCAUCGCUUCCCGGUGCGGUUUAUUAUAGCUGGAUUCAAUACAGACGUUUGAAAAUUCUUCCGCAGCGGUAGCUAUGUCGUCGGUCGGUGGCAGCAGCAUAGAUGCCGAGGGACAGCCUGGCGUGUGCGCUGCAGAAGAAAUCUGCGUUGUUACUGUGACCUCAGGUGAAGAUGAUCUGUGCUCCGCAGCUCGAAAGGGAGACUGUAGAGUACAGCAGCGCGCAAGGCAACCCCAUCUUACGGAUACUCUUCGGCUUCAUCGCCGUUGUUGUCGUCGUGGUGGUUGUCGUUCUCCUCACUGUGUUCGUCCCUAGAUGGAAUUCCACCUCAGGGGAAAAGGUGAUCAUGCAUGACAGAGGGGCUACUGCUGAAACGGUUAUUCUUAUUUCUACGCCGGAUAGUGACAUGAACACAAGUUUAACAAUAACUACUCGUGCGAUCCUCCCUCGGGUCACCUCCACCGUGCCACGAGCCAGCAGUGCUUCGGAUAUGUCGUUAGAAUUUACAGUGGCUAAAGGACCAGAUCGCUCGACAACAUCCAGGAAAGCUUCCUCAGCCUCGUCCUCACCUAGGCGAUCGUUUGCACACACCUCUGUCUCUGCUCUAGCAACAGCACCUCCGCUUCCUACAACCAGAACUACAAGGGCAAGUCAUUCACCGGCGAAACCUACGGAGCAUACUACCACGUUAGGCAGGGGAAGGACUGUCGAAUCGGAGAACAGGACUGACAAAUCCGAGCACGCUACGGUGUCGCCUAAACAGGUCAACAGAGGGCUCGGUGACCCUGAAGGACCACUGACGACGAGAGCUCACGAAGACCUGUCUUCUGCAGGGUAUUAUAUUACAAAUUCUACCGAUGUAAUGCCUGGCCUAAAGACUACAGAGACUGUGCACGGGGCGAGCUCAGUGAAUCUCACAGCUACAUUUAAUGGUUCCGGGGACCCCCUGGCUAUCACAACGCCUCCUGCAGCUCCACUCGACAUGGGCGGGAAAGAGAACAAAAGCCAGGCUACUGUGACGACAUCAGCGGUAAACAUCACGGAGCCGGUGCAUAAGUCGACCUCUGUUAACACUACCGAAGACCGCCUGGUGACUACAGCGUCCGUAGCAAUGACCGACAUAGGUACCGGCAUCAAUGAUGAAGAGAAAAUUAUAUCGGCAACGACAAUCGCGGGGCAAAAUAAGGGCACCAACCCAGGGGAAGGCCCCAACGUGGUGACGAAUACGUCGAGACCAGAAAUGGACUACCAGAGGGCACCGUAUUCCACACAGAUGGCGGCCCAGUCAUUGCGCAACCUUGCGUGAGGACUGGUCUUUGCUGCCCGGCCUCUGUGUGCUCGCUUUGCCGUUACACGACCUGCGAAGCCUUGCCAAUGAAGCCUAACUUCCAUCUAAUACAAAUUGCUGUGCAGAUACUUUGAGCUACGCCCAUAAUAAAUUAGCGUCAUGGUCA